CAGAGUGUCUUCAAAAAAAAAACAUACCAGAGCAUUUACAAUAAUAUUUCGCAAUUAUGGCAUCUCGGAAACGAAAUGAUUUCCUCGACAUUGUCUCCGACGACGAAGAGGGCAGCGACCGCGGCUAUGAUUCCGAAGCCGCGGAGGAGAGCAAAGGCCGAUCGUCCAAACGGAGGAAGGUCGAUACGAUCGAUAACUCGGAUGAGGAGGUUGAAGAUUUCAGCGAUGAAGAGGAGCGAAAGACAUCUAAUGAGAAUGACGGCGACGACGACGAGGAGGUAGAGGAGGAGGACAGCCACAGUUUGAGAGAUGAGGAUGACGAACGAGAAGAAGAAGAGGGAACAAUGUGGACGGCCGAAGAGAAGGCGGGUUCAAAGAACAAGAAAGAAGCGAACAAACCAGUCAAGCCGACGAAGAAGAACAAGACGGGGGUGAUCUACCUGUCGUCGCUGCCACCGUAUCUGAAGCCGUUUGCGCUCAAGUCGCUGAUCGAGGCGCGCGGUUUCGAACCCAUCACACGAGUAUUCCUGACUCCUGCGGUACCGUCUGCGUCGGCGCCGAAGCGGCGCUCAUCGAACAAGCGCAAGACCUACACGGACGGCUGGGUGGAGUUCCAGUCGAAGAAGACGGCCAAGAUCUGCGCGGAGACGCUGAACGCCUCGAUUGUCGGCGGAAGGAAGGGCGGCUGGUACCACGACGACGUGUGGAAUAUGAAGUAUCUGAAGGGGUUCAAAUGGGCGGAUCUGAUGGAGCAGGUGCAGCGGGAGCGGUCGGAGAGAGAGGCAAAACGCCGCAUCGAGGAUGCCCGGGCCCGCAGAGAGGAGAAGGUCUUCCUGGCGGGGGUGGAGAAGGGCAAGGCCCUGGCGGGGAUGAUCAAGAAGAAUGAGGAGAAGAUGAAGAAACGAGCGCAGCAGGAGACUGGUGGUGGCGCCUCUGAUCAAGCGCCUGACGAGAUGGCCCGCGUUCGGAGACUGUUCAGGCAGAAUGAAGCAAUGCGCAGGAAGGAUGCGAACGAUGAGAGUGCCCUUGGCGAGGACACGAGACGGCUUUUAGGGAAGAUCUUCUAGAACUCUUCUCGUUGUUGGGCGUUCAUUAACUUACCUUACCUUACUCUAUAAAGAUAUCCAUAUGAUAGACGGUUUGUACAACUAAUACGCAUCGGAGCUCAAGUUAUGUAGCUCUUUGUACAUCACUCGACCUUGGAUUUAGCU